AACAUUACGAAAGGUUAUCUGUAAAAGCACCUAGAACCAGGUAUCGAUAGGAAAAUCACGAAGAAGGUUGUUUCACUGGGACACUUCUAUCGGACAUUCCAUUAUGAUGCUUUGGUCGUGCUUCGUUUUGGGUCUUUUUUCCACGGUUUUUGCAGCACAUACCACGAGACAUCCUCAUCAUAAUGUCAUAGAGGAAGGUUUUGCGUUCCAUUACGAUCACACAACGCAUAUCGUGGCGUUAAAAGCCAACCAUCACUGCUACCUCUACGUCCUGUCUGGGGCUGAACAACAGAGCGUCCAUACGUCAACGGGUCUUCAUGCUAUCGAGAAAACCAUGAUAGAUCUUGUCGACACCCCCGCGACAACUGUAGCAUUCACAGCGCAAGAUCUAAACCUUCUGAGUCACGGAUUGCACCACUUCUGCGGACAUGCACCAGUACUGAAGAUAAACUGACGUCACAGUGUACAUGUAUCUAACCUACACGUGCAUUGAAAAGAAAUAAAACUUAUAAACCUUUA